UUGAAGAAAAAAAUCCAAUGACCUUCCGGCUUGUAGCAUAGCCCCUCAACCAACUACGCUACCGCGGAUCACAAAGUAGUAGGGAAGAAGAAAUAUGGGUGUCAAGUAUUCACAAUAAAUGUCGCAAUUUCUUUGAUAUCUCAGGAGCAUCAUGAAGGUCAUGGUCAUGGACGUCAUGAAGAAGCAGAAGUGAAUUGAUGAGUGUCUGAUCCGUGAAGAAAAUGUCACAGAAUAGUUUUAGUAAGAUAUGGCGCGACGUGAAGUGAAAGAACUUUAUGCUCCAAAACACUGGUGAAUGGACAGUAUGCUUGUUGGUGCUAUGCUAGUCAUCAAGUUCUCUAAGUAGGAGUUCACAAAAUCCAGCUGUCUCUUACAGUACAUAUUUUCAUCAUUAUUCUUUAAUAAAGCCUUAAAAAUGCUAUCCAGAAAGAAGGACUUGAGGACAAUAAAGGAAGGUGUUGUUGGAAAAUAUGUAAAAAAGGAAACACCUCCUGAAAUGCCAAUUAUCAAUGUAUGGUCAACAGAGCCCAUUAGGAAAGGUCAUCGCCGAGGAACUCAAGCCCUAUCUCCUAAUAUGCCAGUAGUACAGCAGACCAGUAUUGUACAGAAGUUUGGCAACACUCGAAUGACGCCAAGUACCUUGGGUGGCCAUGAAGGAAAAUAUACUCCCAGCAGUUCUAUUCCUGACUUGGUUCAGAGAUUUGCUAGCUUAUCAGUUAGUAGUGGAAGUGAAGCAUCCAACAGCAGUCCACAUGUGCAUCAUCCCAUUUAUGGAGGUGGUUUGGCAUCUGCUAUGAGUCACACAUACAUGAAUCAGUAUACAGGUUCUGAAUAUAAUCUGGAUAAGGUUCAGGGUCCUCAGCUUGGCUCAGGUUAUGUCUCCUUGCAAGGUGCAGAUGAACUUCAUGAUCUUCCAGUACAUCAUGAAAUAGGUUACAAUGAUGUACCAGCAUACCACAGCCAUGUGGAAGAUUACCGUUUAUCACCAUAUCAACAAGUGCCUGUACCAUUUGGUCAGCAUUUGGUGUCACCCCAGUCACUCCAUCACCCCCGUCAUGACCCUCAUAAUAUUCACAGUCUGUCUGUGCCAGCUCAUUCACCAACUCCUCAGCAAGGACAAGGACAGCGGGCUCCUUCUCAAGGUGCUGGUAUUGAUCAAGCUGAAGAAUUACCAUUGCCUCCUGGAUGGUCUAUAGAUUAUACCAUGCGAGGACGAAAGUAUUAUAUUGACCAUAAUACAAAGACUACUCAUUGGAGCCAUCCUCUUGAGAAAGAAGGACUUCCAACUGGUUGGGAGAGAAUAGAAUCACCAGAAUAUGGCGUAUAUUAUGUUAAUCAUAUCACUCGUCAGGCUCAGUACGAACACCCUUGUGCUCCACAUUAUAUCUACCAGCCAGAGGUGCGGAUUCAUAUGGAAGUUCAGCCACGAGUACUGGCCCCUCCCCCUAGACACACCCACUUUCAUCCUCAUAGUGUACUGGUCCCUGCAAAUCCAUAUUUGAAUGAAGUGAUUCCACACUGGCUAACUGUAUAUUCAAGAGCUUCUCAAGACUUAGACCACAAACUUCGUUGGGAAAUGUUCAGAUUACCAGAAUUAGAUUGUUUUAGUGCUAUGCUGACACGUUUAUACAAACAGGAGCUUGAGGGAAUAGUCAUGCGCUAUGAAGCUUACAGGGCCUCCUUAUUUUGUGAAAUGGAUCAGAGAUUGACAGCAGCUUCUCCAGAUGAAGCAGAAGCAGCUACAGAGAUGCUGAAAGAAGCAGCACUGUCUCAGCAUGUAGAGACUAAAGUAUAAUACUUAUAUUGGAUUUCUGAAGUUAUACACAUAGGGUCUGGAACUGGAAGUAGCUGCAAAUAUCCAGAAGAAAAUCUGAGCCACUAUGGCUAAAUGUGUUUAGAACACAUGCCCUAUAUGUUUACAGAGAUGAAGACAAUAUUGUGCACUCUAAUAACAUGGACUGUCUUGUGGAAGCCCUUGGCCAACAGCAUGAGCCAAAUAAAUGGCAUCUGUUUAUUGAUUCCUUCAAUCUGCGUUUGGAAGUUGUGCUGCUUCAGAAUGAAAAUAAAUGACCUUCAGCUCCAGUAGCACAUGAUUUUCAUAUGAAGAAAUUAUAUGACAUGCAUCUUGGUAUGAAACAUUUCCUAUAUUAUAAAUAUUCUUGGCAUGUGUGUGUGGAGACUUUAAAGUGACUGCACUUGUUUCCUAUGUGAAUGGCCAGCCAAGCAUGGUAGUCACCAUUCAAAGGAGCAUGACAAGGAGUGACAAGCAUUAAUCCAAGGGCAAAACUUGAUGUCUGGUUAAUCUAGAUUAAAUUUUAAGUAAAGGUGAAGGAGCAGCUUGAAGAGCAUAUGAAGCAGUGACAACAAAUUUCCUUGGAAACUUCAAGACAGAAAAUUGCAAGUCGUUUGUUGAAGAACAUCCCAGUGUGUACAAUAGGAUCUGAAAUUUUGUUAAAAAUGACCUUUUUGGGUUCUUCCCAACAAUCAUGGGUGCUCCUGAUGAUGUGCAUGGUGAACACUUCCAUAAAGAAAAACCCACAAUGGAGAAGCAAUGCUAGGGCCCUAGCAUGUUUGCUGAGUACUGCUGGACAUUAGUAAGGGAGGCGCAGUGGGUUAAAUACAAGCAUAAAUCAUCUAUAAUUACAUUUUAGGUGAGUUCAGUUUGCUAUUUCUACUUUUAUUGUCAUUACUAGUUUUUUAAAUUAGUCCAGAUUUCAUGUUUGAUCACUCCAAAUUGGCAGAUGAAAGAAAAGUUCAAGGUAAUUUUCGAGCUCAGUAUUAAGAAAACUAUGAGAAUCCACCCAUAUUGUACAAUGACAGAAUUUUGUUUUGGUUCAAUGUAAUUUAAAUCUCUAAAACAAUAUUAUAUCAGAGUUCCACUACUGACAAAAGUAUUGCAGAGUUGUUAAAAAUCCCUGUCUUGUACACAUUUUGUUCAUAUCUGAUGCAAC